GAAACCAGAUGUUUCAGGCACAUUUCAGCCGCUGUUCUGAGAAUUUAUCGCAAGCAGCCGGACAGUCGUUAACUUCUGUGCAGCUGAAGAUAUGAUCAUCCUAACUUACUUAUUUCUCUUGCUGUGGGAAGAGGCUCAAGGAUGGGGAUUCAAGGAUGGAAUUUUUCACAACUCUAUAUGGCUUGAACAAGCAGCUGGUGUGUACCACCGAGAAGCUCGGUCCGGCAAAUACAAGCUCACCUAUGCAGAAGCCAAGGCGGUGUGUGAAUUUGAAGGUGGUCGUCUCGCCACCUACAAGCAGCUGGAAGCAGCCAGAAAAAUUGGUUUUCAUGUCUGUGCUGCGGGAUGGAUGGCCAAAGGCAGAGUUGGGUACCCCAUUGUGAAGCCAGGGCCCAACUGUGGGUUUGGAAAAACUGGAAUUAUUGAUUAUGGCAUCCGUCUCAACAGGAGUGAAAGAUGGGACGCAUACUGCUACAAUCCACAUGCAAAGGAGUGUGGUGGUGUCUUUACAGAUCCAAAGCGAAUUUUUAAAUCUCCAGGCUUCCCCAAUGAGUAUGAGGAUAACCAGAUCUGCUAUUGGCACAUUAGACUCAAGUAUGGUCAGCGUAUUCACCUGAGUUUUUUGGACUUUGACCUUGAAGAUGACCCGGGUUGCCUGGCUGACUAUGUUGAAGUAUAUGACAGUUAUGAUGAUGUUCAUGGAUUUGUUGGAAGGUACUGUGGGGACGAACUCCCAGAAGACAUCAUUAGCACAGGAAAUGUCAUGACCUUGAAGUUUCUGAGUGACGCUUCAGUAACAGCUGGAGGCUUCCAAAUCAAGUACAUCGCAGUGGAUCCAGUAUCCAAAUCCAGUCAAGGAAAAAAUACUACUACCAGGUCUACUGGUAGUAAAAACUUUUUAGGUGGAAGAUUCAGCAAUUUAUAAAUCAAACAAAAGAUGUUCAAAAUAUGUGAUGUUUAUUUUUGCAUCGUUGGAACUUCUUUGAUCUCACUUUUGUGUUCUUAUUUUUGUUAACAUUUAUUUAUUAUUUUUCUAAAUGUGAAAGUAGUACUUUAUUUGAUGAGAAAUGGAGAGAUAAUUCAAGUGCAAAAAUAAAAUCUCUCCUACUUCUACUAUAUAGAAGUAACAAGUGCUGACAUUUAUAUAUAUUUUUUCAUUUCUCUACUUGUAGUAUAUGUACAUAUGUAUCUAUAUGCAUUUGUAUUUUAAAUUUUGGAGCCUUUUCUAUACAUAGUUUUACACUCUGGUUUUUGUGAGGAGUUAUAACUUUAGACUUUAAACCUAAGUACUUCCUAAAUCAUUGAGUAUUUUAUGAAAACAUGAUUUUGAAUAGCAGUAGAAUAUUCCAUAUUUUAUUUAAACUCAUCUCUAUUGUUAAAAUAUUAGAUUGUUUUCAGAAAUAUUGCUGCAAUAAAUCUUUGUACAUACA